ACCUUUUCAAUAGCACACACACAAAAAGCGAUCAUAUUAUUAAAAAUAAAAGUAUGGAGUUAUGGACCAUCGAUUCUCCCAAUUAGAGCAGAAUUUAAGGCUUAUCCAGCAAGCAGAUCCAAUCUUCGCGUCAGGUUACUCGCUCGUUUAUGAUCGCGAAGUGCCUUGUGAAUUUAGAAAUCGCAACGCGAACCCGCUAUUCCGUGGGGUCUUAGAAUGCGUAAAGGUUAGAGUAUUUAUAAAGGGGGAUGAAUGCAAUUUGACGUCCCUUCUGGUCGAGAUCACCACCGACGUGGAUGUCUUCAUGCACUAUACAUGCAUUAUCAAUGACAAUGGAUUUUUGAGACUUCGUGAGGAUCAAAAUCUCCUCUGCGAGUAUUCCCAGUUCCUCAAAACGUUGCUUGUGCUGUUUAAUCGAUGCAUCGCGGAGCAAGGCCGACUUUUGUGCGCAAUAAUCUUUGAAACAAAAGAAAACGCCUCGUUAGAAUUCAUCGAAAAUUUGCAGUACAAGAUGGUUCGCGUUCUACUUCUGCCGUUAAAGGCUUCCUCUCCAGAAGUGGUUCGGGAACAAGUUCAGUAUCGCUACACCGCCACGCUCGCACGCUUGAACUUAGUGUUGGAGCAAAUGGAUCAAAAGUGACCUAUGUUAGAUUGGGAAAUAAAGUCUGGUAGAAGGGAUCCUAGUGCUUUCUCGCAUAUAUUAAAGCAACCUGUUGCAUGAGACCAAAUUCCUUUAUAUAUAUAUAUAUAUUUGUACAUAUUUGGUUCGACUAAUGUUCGAUGAUGAAUGAAGUUUACGUAUUGCUGUGUUUUCAUCAAUUCUAUCUCUGUAGGAUGUCGUGGGUUUAUGAUUUCUCUUCGGAUUUGGUGAAUCUUCUUCGUUUGCAUUGGUGUUAAA